AUGCCGUUAGAUAUAUUUCAUGAGAGAGAGAUCAUAACUGAAAUUUUAUUGAGUCAAGGUGCGAUGGUAGUGAUUCGUGUGAUGCGAUUAGCGCGAGUGGCUCGUAUCUUCAAGCUGGCCAGAUACAGUACGGGUCUGCGGGCAUUCGGUGAAACAAUGCGCAAAUCAGCCGCCGAAUUGAGCAUGUUGGGAAUGUUCCUCUUAACUGGCAUACUACUAUUUUCGACAGCCAUCUAUUUCUUCGAAAGAGACGAGCACAACUCUCAAUUCUACUCAAUACCGGCCGCGUGUUGGUGGUGUGUUAUAACGAUGACAACGGUGGGUUAUGGUGACUUGGUGCCCAUGACAGCAGGUGAGUGCGCUUCAUUGUGUUUGCGAAACGAACAGAUACGUGGAACGUGA